AUGGAAGACCUGUCCACCGGCUCUGAGAGUGACUACGCCGACUCCUGGAUCUCCUGGUUUUUGUCCUCCAAGGGCAAUGAAUACUUCUGUGAAGUAGACGAAGACUAUAUCCUUGAUCGUUUCAACCUCACAGGCUUGAACGCCGAAGUGGUGCAGGAAUAUCCCCGAGCAUUGAGUCUUAUCACGGACAACCUCGACGAGAUAGGUCUGGAUGAAGAGACCCGAGAGUCGAUCGAGACAUCCGCCAGAUUUUUGUACGGUCUCAUCCAUGCUCGCUUCAUUGUCACCACGAGAGGUUUGGCCAAGAUGCUCGAAAAAUAUCGAAGAUCCGACUUUGGCCGCUGCCCCCGCGUCUACUGUUACUCCCAACCCCUCCUCCCCGUCGGUCUCUCCGAUAUUCCCUACCUCAAAGCGGUCAAGCUUUACUGCCCUCGGUGUGAAGAUAUCUACUCGCCAAAGUCCAAUAGGCACGGGUCCAUUGAUGGCUCUUACUUCGGCACGACCUUCCCCCACAUGUUGUUCAUGGUGUACCCUCAAAUGAUUCCAGGAAAGGGCCAGCCGCUUGGCUCAAGUGCCGCGGAUGUGAACAGGAGCAUGCUCUCCUCGGUUCAGAGUAGGGAGGGGGGCAGCAGUGUUAAUACGGUGGCCGUUGCUCUCAAGGCGGAAAGAUAUGAGCCAAGGAUCUUCGGUUUCAAGGUCAACGAGGAUGCCAAGUUGGCCAGAUGGAGAACAGCCAGAAGGGACGGUCAGAUCGCCAGAUUAGAGGCUCAUGAACAAGAGCAAGAGCACGAUAAGGAAAAGAAGGCAUCUGUUUGA